AUGCCGUCUCGCCGAGCUUCCGUUCGUCCCAGGAGCGGCCAUGGCCUGGCGAUGUUGGCCGGCCUCGUGGUGGCGACCACCGUCAGCUCUGUGGCCUAUCAGGCGCCCAUGGGAUCUGGCCUCAACCGGAAACAGCAGCAUGGAAACAUCCGCAACAAGGACAAGCUCGAGGGCGUCUACGAGCUUCCUCCCGACCCGGUGGAGGCGCCAGAAGAGGAAAAGCCAGCCAUGCCCGAGCGUCGCGUGCCCUACACCCUGCACAUUGUGACCCAGCUGCCGCAGCACAAACACCUCCAUGAGGAGAGCAAUGCCAAGCACUACAUCGAGGAGAAAGUGGUAUCCGCCAUGGAGAAGUUUGAGGACUUCAUCAAACACGUAGAAGUGAACUUGCAAGUCUCUGAACACUUCCAUCGUGAGAAACGCCCUGAGAAGGGGAAGAAAGGUGGAGAGUUGCUGGAGACUGAGGAGGAGGACAUCGCAGUGAGCAAAGAAUCCAAUCCUGGCCACAAGAUUCUGACGCCGUAUAUCUUCAAGGCAACUGUGACCUUGGCCAACCACCACAAGGUAACCCUGUCCAACCCGGAGAAGCAUGCACAGGCCACAUUGCAGGAGGCAGUGGAUCACAUGGUGGAUGUGCUGAAGAAGUCCUUGAGGGAUGAAAAGAACCGCAUGAUCCACGCACACCGAAAGCAGGCCGAUGCCCUUCCAGAGGAGGAGAUGGAGGACCUCCAGGAGUUGAACAAGGAGCUGGCAGAUGGAAUCAUGGAGGAAAAGGCGGGUGCUGAUGACGAGGCGGAGGAGGCCAUGUACCAGCGAAUCGAGGCGAAGAAGUGA